AUGGCCGAGCUGCCUCCCGGGUACCGCUUCUACCCCACGGAGGAGGAGCUGGUGCGCUUCUACCUCCGGCACAUGCUCGACGGCAGCCGCCGCGACGACAUCGAGCGCGUCAUCCCCGUCGCCGACGUCUGUUCCCUCGACCCGUGGCAGCUCCCAGAGGUGCACCGGGGCGCGUGCGCCGGCCACGGGGAGCCGUGGUUCUACUUCUGCGCGCGGCAGGAGCGGGAGGCGCGGGGCGGGCGGCCGAGCCGCACGACGCCGUCAGGCUACUGGAAGGCAGCGGGCACACCGGGGCUGGUCUACUCCGCCGGCGGCCACCCCGUCGGGACCAAGAAGACCAUGGUGUUCUACCGUGGCCGGGCGCCCGCCGGGGCCAAGACCAAGUGGAAGAUGAAUGAGUACAGGGCCUUCGACGAUGACGGCACCCAUGCCGAUGCCGCUGCUCCGGCACCAAACACUACUUUGGAGGUGCGGAGCGAGUUCAGCUUGUGCCGGCUGUACACGAGGUCAGGCAGCUUGAGGCAGUUCGAUCGCCGGCCUUGCACCGCCGUCGCAGGCAGCGGCGCCGAGGACCCGGCGUCGUCGUCCGCCGCGGCUGCGUCGGCGAAUGAGGUCUUUGAAAUGGGAAGGGGUCAGAAGAGGAAAAGGCAUGCAGCGAACGAUCACGCGCCAUCCAACGGCGACGCCUACCGCUCCGUGGUGCAGCAGCAGCAGCAGCAAGAGGUGGUGGGAGGCGCUGACGAGCAGCUCACCGCCGACGACAUGACCGACUGGGCAGAGCUUUUGCACUGGAUCGAAUAUAAGUGAUGAAGCUCUUCCACACAAAGAAGAAGAAGAGAGGAAGCUCUUAAAAAGUUUAUAAUUCAGUAAAGAAUCAAUUGGGAAAAUACACACUGAUGCUUUAGGCGAGCUACUUUUUUGUUUACAUUCUUCACAUGAGCUACUAAAUUCUUUUAUUCUUACAAAAAAUCGUCGUCACAACGUAUGCCACGACGAUGUCAUUCAGUUGUACAGUAGUAUUAUUUUCCCUGUGGAACUUAAACGCAGUUCCUUUUCAUCAAAGGAAAAUUUUCAAGUC